GGACUUCUUCCCCGUUGCACCACCGAUGUAACGUUCAUUUCCUGACUGGUUACGGGUCACACACAUGAAUACAGUUUUCGGAGUCCAGUUUGCGGAGCUGAACCUUCUACACAGCCACUGAAAGUAUUUUUGAAUGAUGUUGCGAGCGCUGUGUCGGACCGGCGGCGGCCUCCUGCAGCAAACCCAGCGGGCUGCUCCGAGGUUGUGGGUCACACCAGCCCAGCAGCGAUGGGCGUCCAGCCUUCCCAUGAACACCGUGGUCCUGUUCGUGCCCCAGCAAGAAGCCUGGGUGGUAGAAAGAAUGGGUCGCUUCCACCGGAUCUUGGAGCCGGGUUUAAACUUCCUCAUACCACUACUUGACCGAAUUCGCUACGUGCAGAGUCUCAAAGAGAUCGUCAUCAAUGUCCCAGAGCAGUCGGCGGUAUCUCUCGAUAACGUGACGCUGCAGAUUGACGGAGUGCUUUACUUAAGGAUACUCGACCCUUUUAAGGCCAGCUACGGCGUCGAGGAUCCAGAAUACGCCGUCACGCAGCUGGCGCAGACCACCAUGCGGUCAGAGCUGGGCAAACUCACGCUGGACAAAGUGUUCCGGGAAAGGGAGUGCCUCAAUUCCAACAUCGUCCACUCCAUCAACCAAGCGUCAGACGAGUGGGGAAUCCGUUGCCUCCGUUACGAAAUCAAGGACAUCCAUGUUCCCCCUCGUGUCAAAGAGUCCAUGCAGAUGCAGGUGGAGGCCGAGCGGAAGAAGAGGGCAACGGUGCUGGAGUCCGAGGGGACGAGGGAGGCGGCCAUUAACGUCGCCGAGGGUCGCAAACAAGCUCAGAUUCUGGCCUCGGAGGGCCAAAAAUCGGAGCAGAUCAAUAUGGCGUCUGGUGAGGCCCAAGCAAUCCUGGCCAAGGCAGAAGCGAAAGCUAAGGCUAUCAGUAUGCUGUCGGAUGCUCUGACGGAGCAGAAUGGAGACGCGGCCGCCUCGCUAAGCGUGGCCGAGCAGUACGUGUCCGCCUUCUCCAACCUCGCCAAAAAGUCCAACACCAUCCUGCUGCCCUCGGACGCCGGGAACAUCAGCGGAAUGGUCACACAGGCUAUGACCAUCUACGGUGCGUUGGCAAAGUCGAGCCCGAAGGUGGUGGAGAAGAGCGACGACUUUGGGAGUCAAUCGUCUCAGUAGCGGAGGACUCGGUGAAUGAACUCCAAACACUUGAAUGAAGAAGAAGAAG